GUGGAGCUUCAAAUAACGGAGUUCUUCGCGUCGCCGCCGUCCUCGCUCUCGUUAGUCUUCCUCCGGUAUGUGCGUCGGCUGACGUUCCUCUUCCGUUGGAUCCACAUAUCUGCGGAGUGUCAGCUAGGUGCUAUUCCAGAAGUGAGAAAUGUCUACGUCCUGUCUGCUGUGGAG